GCGGCGGCCGCGAUGCUGAGCUCCCGGGCGCAGGCGGCGAGGACGGCGGCCGACAAGGCCCUCCAGCGCUUCCUGCGCACCGGGGCGGCGGUCAGAUGUAAAGUCAUGAAGAACUGGGGAGUGAUAGGUGGGCUUGCUGCGGCCCUUGCAGCAGGAAUAUAUGUUAUUUGGGGUCCCAUUACAGAAAGGAAGAAACGGAGAAAAGGGCUUGUGCCUGGCCUUGUCAACCUGGGGAACACCUGCUUCAUGAACUCGCUGCUACAAGGCUUGUCUGCCUGCCCCGCUUUCGUCAAGUGGCUGGAAGAGUUUACCACUCAGUACCCCAGGGACCAGCAGGGGCCACACACACCCCAGUGCCUGUCCCUGACACUGCUGAACCUCCUGAAAGCUUUGUCCUGCCAAGAAGUCACUGAGGAUGAGGUCUUAGAUGCCAGCUGCCUGCUGGAUGUCUUGAGAAUGUACAGAUGGCAGAUUUCCUCCUUUGAAGAGCAGGAUGCUCACGAGCUAUUCCACGUCAUCACCUCAUCGCUGGAAGACGAGCGGGACCGCCAGCCUCGCGUCACACAUUUAUUCGACGUGCACUCCCUGGAGCAGCAGUCAGAAGUGAUUCCCAGACAAGUCACCUGCCACACACGAGGGUCUCCUCACCCCACAUCCAGUCACUGGAAGUCCCAACACCCUUUCCAUGGAAGACUCACCAGUAACAUGGUGUGCAAGCACUGUGAGCACCAGAGUCCUGUUCGAUUUGACACCUUUGACAGCCUCUCCCUCAGCAUCCCAGCUGCCGCUUGGGGGCACCCGCUGACCCUGGACCACUGCCUUCAUCACUUCAUCUCAUCUGAGUCGGUGCGAGACGUUGUGUGUGACAACUGUACAAAGAUUGAGGCAAAAGCAACCGUGAAUGGGGAGAAGGUGGAACACCAGAGGACCACUUUCGUUAAGCAGUUGAAACUAGGGAAGCUGCCCCAGUGCCUCUGCAUCCACCUGCAGCGCCUCAGCUGGUCCAGCCACGGCACGCCCUUGAAGCGGCAUGAGCACGUGCAGUUUAACGAGUUCCUGAUGAUGGACGUGUAUAAGUACCGCCUCCUGGGCCACAAACCCACUCAGCAUGGCCCCAAGGCCCCCGAGAGCCUAGGGCCCGCCCUGGACCUGCAGGGCGCACACACAGCCCCAAAGCCAGGUCUGAGUCAGCCAGGGCCCCCCAAGACACAGAUUUUUAUGAAUGGCGCCUGCUCCCCAUCUUUGUUGCCAGCCCUGCCUUCACCUGUGGCCUUCCCACUGCCAGUGGUUCCUGACUACAGCUCCUCCACAUACCUCUUCCGCUUGAUGGCAGUCGUCGUCCACCAUGGAGACAUGCACUCUGGACACUUUGUCACUUACAGACGGUCACCACCUUCAGCUAAGAACCCUCUCUCAACCAGCAACCAGUGGCUGUGGAUUUCUGAUGACACUGUCCGCAAGGCCAGCCUGCAGGAGGUCCUGUCCUCUAGCGCCUACCUGCUGUUCUAUGAGCGAGUUCUGACCAGGGUGCAGCAGCAGGGGCGGGAAUACAGGUCAGAGGAGUGACGGCCAGCCCAGGCCAGG